CUUCACAUCAGAAAUCAAGUGCAUCCUGUACAAUCAACGCUAGUCCUUUGAAAGAGCAUCCAGAACGAUCCUCACAAUGAUCACACUAACGUUGGCUGCAUUGGCGCUGAUUUUGCUGGUAGCAUUUCUCGUGAAGGAACUAUGGCGUCCAGCAAACUAUCCUCCGGGUCCGAGAUGGUUGCCGAUCGUGGGCAAUACACCACUGAUACGCAGGAUGGCCUCCCAGCACGGCGGACUGUUGGCGAACGUGUUCGAUAAGCUGUCGGAAUCAUACCAGAGCAGCGUGAUAGGCUUGAAGCUGGGCCGUGAGCGUGUGGUGGUGGGUCUGGGAUACGAUGAAGUGAAGGACAUUCUGUGCAACGAAGCGUUCCAGGGUCGACCGGACAAUUUCUUCAUUCGGUUGCGUACAUUGGGAACAAGAUUGGGCAUCACCUGUACAGAUGGAUCGUUCUGGAACGAGCAACGCAGCUUCGUCACACGACACCUCCGCCAGGUGGGCUACGGACGGCAGGCGAUGCACGAACAGAUCCAAACCGAGCUGACCGAACUGCUGGACGUGCUGGACACCCGUGCGGAGCAACCGCUCUGGCCAGGAUCGAUCCUCGCGCUUAGCGUCAUCAACGUGCUGUGGACGAUCGUGACUGGCUCUCGAGUGGCCCGAGAAGAUGAUCGAUUGCAGCGACUGCUCGAGUUACUGCAGGAACGCUCGAAAGUGUUCGACAUGGCCGGUGGAACCUUGAACCAGCUGCCCUGGUUGCGUUUCAUCGCCCCGGAAUGGAGCGGCUACAAUCUGGUGUGUCGUUUCAACAAGCAGCUGACCAAGUUCUUCUAUCCCACGAUCGAGGAGCAUAAGGGAGACUUUACCGAGGACAGGGCGGUGGACGAUCUUAUCUAUGCGUACAUCAAGGAAAUGCGCGACCGGGAAGGAACCUCCAACAAUGGCAGCAACUUCACUGAGGUGCAGCUGACGAUGAUCAUCCUGGAUAUCUUCAUCGCCGGCGGACAGACGACGAGUGCCACGCUUGAUCUCGCGCUCAUGAUGAUGAUCGUUCAUCCGGAAGUGCAGGACAAGGUGCAUCGGGAGAUUGAUAGUCAGCUGGAGCCCAACGCCAUCCCUCAUUAUGACGAUCGUCUCAAGUUGCCGUACGUAGAGGCAUUCCUGCUCGAGGUCCAACGGUUCUUUAGCAUCGUUCCGGUGAAUGGACCAAGACGAGCAGUCGCUGACUGUACACUGGGCGGGUAUCGAGUACCGAAGGACACGACCGUGCUGAUGGGACUGCGCAACGUGCACAUGGAUCCGGAGCAUUGGGGCGAUCCGGAAGUGUUUCGACCGGAACGGUUCCUGAACGAGCAGCGGCAGAUCGUCAACACGGAACGGCUGCUGCCGUUUGGACAGGGCAAGCGACGAUGUUUGGGGGAAACAUUGGCACGCUCGUGUCUGUUUACGUUCUUCGUGGGUGUGAUGAAGCGGUUCUGUCUGGUGGGGACGGACGAAGGGUCGGAGGAUGGCACGAGUAUGGCACCGUCGUUGACGCUGAAGCCAGGAAUCACUCUAUCGGCGAAACCGUACCAUGUGGUGUUUCAGCCGAGAAAGCGAACGUUGUUGGAAGAUUGAGCUGUACAUUUCCAG